GGGACUUCUGGAUGGGAAGCCGUGGAGAAAGAAGGGGCGUGGCUUGUGCCUAGGUCUGACUGACAGGUGUAGAGGCGGGACUUCUGGAUGGGAAGACUCGUAAGCCGUGGAGAAAGAAGGGGCGUGGCUUGUGCCUAGGUCUGACUGACAGGUGGCUGAGGCGGGACUUCUGGCUGGGAAGACGCGUCCGCGAUCUCCGAUUGGCCCUUGAGUCUCGGGAGGGGGCGUGGCUGGUGCCGGGCGAAGGCCCCGGAUGUGUAAACACGGAAGCGGCGGUCGGGCGGUCGGGGGCCAUGGCGGCGUCCGGGGCGGAGGGUCGCGUGCGGGAGUGGGCGCGGGCGCAGGUGGCGGCGGGGCGGGCGCGCGUGGUGCUGGUGACGUCUGGCGGGACGCAGGUGGCGCUGGAGGCGCGCCCGGUGCGCUUCCUGGAGAACUUCAGCAGCGGGCGUCGCGGGGCGGCCUCGGCGGAGCGCUUCCUGGCGGGCGGGUACGGCGUGUGCUUCCUCCACCGGGCCCGCUCCGCCUUCCCCUUCGCCCGCCGCCUCCCCGCGCCCGGGCCCGCCCUGCUCGACCUGCUCCGCGAGGGAGACGGGGGGCCCGAGGGGCGCGUGGAGGUGGCGCUGCCGGGCCUGGCCCCCGCCCUGCAGGCCUACCGCCGCGCCCGCGACGCCGGCGCCCUCCUCGCCCUCGAGUUCACCGCCCUCGACGAGUACCUCGCCCUCCUCCGCGCCGCCGCCACCGCCCUCGCCCCGCUCGGUUCGAGUGCCAUGUUCUACUUGGCGGCGGCCGUGUCCGAUUUCUACAUCCCUCCGUCCGAAAUGCCGGAGCACAAGAUCCAGUCUGUUGAUGGGCCUCUCCAGAUCACCAUGCGGAUGGUUCCGAAGAUGCUGGCCCCGCUGGUGAGGGACUGGGCCCCGGAGGCCUUUGUCAUCUCCUUCAAGCUGGAGACGGACCCCUCGCUGCUGAUCAGCAAGUCCCGCCAGGCCUUGGAGACCUACCGGCACCAGGCGGUGGUGGCCAACCUGCUGGAAACCCGCCGGACGGCCGUGACCGUGGUCACCCGGGAGAGCGAGACCAAGCUGGUGCUCUCCGAGGAGGAGGCCGCCCGGGGCCUGGAGAUCGAGGACAAGAUCGUGGCCCACCUGGAGGCCCAGCACCGGGCCUUCAUGGCCGCCAAGUGACCCCCCGCCCAGGCCCCACACCCACAUCCGGGAACAGCCUUUGUGGUCCGGGCGUCAUCCGAGUUGCCUUACCUUGCGAUACUGCAACACAACCUGACCAUUAGUAUUAUUAUUUGUACAACUGCUGCUGCUGCUGCUGCUCUGGGGUGAGGAAAACAAUACUGUAUGUACAAGAACAUUCCAAGGAUUGGACUUUCUCUCUUGGCUUGGUGUUUGGUUCCUUUCGGCUAUAACCAUCCUCUGAUUCCCCAAAAUCACAGUCUGAUGAUGGAAAUAAUAGUAAUAAUAAAUUUUAUUGGGUUACAACA